AUGCACGGAAGUGUUAUACCACAGCUACCCUACACGCAGCAUUUCUAUGCAAAGUUAGUGGUGGAGGGCCUCCUUGGCUUUCCGCUCGAGAGCUGGUGGCAUGAGCAUGUCUUGCUACACCACCUGCAUACCAAGACCGAAGUGGAUCCUGAUGAGAACAUUCAUCAAGGCGUCCCGAUCUGGAGAUUGACGAAUGCAACAUCUUGGAGCAAGCUGCACUCCUUCCCUGUAACAUCUCAUGCCUUAGUAGGACUUCUUCACCCUCAUUUACGCUGCUUUGCUGUGGAAUCCUGGCGCUUGCAACAAAGUGACUCCAGUGUCCGAGCAGGCUACGCGCUUGUAGUGAUUGCCGUGCUUCUGCUGCACUGGCUGCCGCUUUUCGUGCAAAAGAACAAAAGGAAGGCAUUACUCUCCAUUUUCCUGUCCUCAAUGCUUGCCAGCAUGAUGACAAUGUUUGCCUUCCACGUGAAUCACCUGUUCCCAGAGGCGGAGGGAGGCCAUGACCAGCUUUCCGAUUGGGGCGAGCGCCAGUUGAUCACGACAACAAAUUUUUAUUCCGGCUUCAACGCAGUUUCAGGUGGCCUGGACUUGCAGAUUGAGCAUCAUCUGUUCCCAAUGUUGAGCUACAAUUACCAGCAAGCGGUACAAGCUACCAUCAAGGAGGUCGCCGAGGAGUUCAACCUGCCCUACAGAUCCUACACGUCGUUGGGUAGUGGCCUGAUUGAGCAUUUUGCGUACAUGGUGGAGCUUGGCUGCGGCAAUGGAGCGAUCUAUCUCGAAGCAGUGGAGGGCAAUGUGCGGCCCUGUGCUCGUGGUGCUUGCCGCCUUUGCGGCUUCUGCCCCACAGAGGCCCAGGCCAAACUCCUCACCGAGCAAGAGGCGCAUGUGGAGGAGUGCAUCCAAGAGUGGGAUCGCAAGGUGAACAACGCUGCGGCCUAUCUCUCGGAGGAUACAGCAUCACGCCUGGAGAAGAACAUGGAGGGCCUUUUUGCCGACUCCCACUGGUUGCGCGACCGUGUGGCAAGGCAUCUGGUCAGCUUCUACGAGGGCUUGGGCGCUGCUGAAGAAGCUCUGGCGCUUGCCACACGCUGCGUAGACUUCACAGCAGAGGUGUAUCCUGGCUUUAGCGCUCUGCACGCCUGGUCGCUUGAAACACAGGGUGACCUGAAGUUGCGCGUGGCGGGCUUCGGCGUGGGACCAGACCACGUGGAAGCUUCAGGCGCAGUUGAUGUCAACGUCUGCCGUGAGGUGGGCAACAUCUAUGGUGCGGCUGCGGAUGCACUGCGUGCUCUCUUUGGUGCGGACCACGAGUUUUAUGUCGCGAUCCGUGACAAGCGCGACGCACUGCGCGAAAUUGGCGCCAGUGGGUUGGACAGUCCAAAGGAUGUCACAAACCGCGCGAGGCCCGAGGAGACCUGGUAA